UCAACAAUCGUGUUGAUCCCCAUGCUGUUUUGACAGGCAGUAUUUCUGGCAAAAUUAACAAAUUCCAAGACUUUUAUGGAAAUUUGAAGACCGAAAUUUCGAUGCUGAAUGUAGUCGUAUUUUGAGAAUCCCUUCCACGUCAUUCGUGUGGUUUGUAAUCAGUAGCUGAUCGGGAUCGGCAAUGGCCAAAGCACAGACAGCCAUCAGUAACGUGAUGGCCAUGCUCAGGGAAUGGGACAAAGGGUCAACAUCAACACGAGCUCAAAUCCUCAGUGACUUCAUCAAGAGUAGUCAGAAUAAGACGGGGCCGGAGUUAGAGGCGGAUUUUGCUCAAGCAGCCAGUCUCUUCUUAGCUCGUCUUACAGCCUGGAUAAGGCUAACCUACAUGGUUGGAACAUGUCUGAGUCAACAGCUGCAAGCUCUCAGCAUCUUCUUAUCAGCGUCCAGCGGUCACAAGUUCUUGGCAGAGUUUCUUGACGUGGGCGGAGUCUUGACGAUCUUGGAGAUUCUUAGUUUGAAACAGGCUAAGGAAGAGGACAAGGCACAGGCUCUGUAUCUUCUCAUGUGUAUUGCUAACUCAGGACGCAAGUACAAGGAACUCAUCUGCGAAAGUUAUGGCAUAAGAGCAGUUGCCGAGUGUCUCGCUCGUUCCAAGUCCGAAGAGACUCAAGAGUGUGCGCGCAACAUGUUGCAGACUCUGGCCCAGGGUAACCCUAAAUUUGAGAGCCAAGUGUACAAGGGGUUGAUCGCACUGCUGCCAUCCAGCUCCCCUAAGGCCCAACAGAUGGCAGCACAGACAUUGCGGAUUGUACAGAAAAUUGUUCGGCAAGCCAAUCCUAACAUAGUGGAGCCGCUGGUUGAUCUACUCAAGUCAUACCACCUGGAGGUUCAAUUUGAAGCGAUUGAGUUAAUCAAAGACUUGAUGUCUCAUGAUGUUCAGGAGCAGUUGUUAUCCAGCCUCGUCAGUGCCCUCGUCCCCGUUAAAGAUAAACUCCUCAAAAGACCAGAAAUUUUAGACGACCCAACUGCACCUGAGCUGAAACGCCCUCUACCGGUGUUUGUACAGCAAGCGGCAGCGGGUAAAGUUAUAGGUGUUCUCGUCCGUGAAAUGAGAGAGAUCGCCCAGAAGCUAAUCCAGAAGAGAUGUGUGCAUAAUCUUAUGAUUGCUAUGGGGAAUGAGGAUCAUGCUGAUAGCCAACGACAGGCCAGUAUAACACUAGAGUACUUAUCAAGCACCUUUCCUAUCGUCGAUGAAAACAUCCGGGAGGCCAUGGGAGAUGCCCUCUAUCAGCUCUUCAUGGCCAACCCUGAGAUGCUAUACAUGAACAUGAAUGCAGUCCAAGCAGAUGUUCUCCGCUCCAAUAAAGUCAACAUUCCAGGAAUUGUUGAAGGUCUGGAGUGAGAGCCAUCAGCAUUUUCAAACCAAGCUUCACCGAAGAAUUAUUUCCGUCCGUGAUGAAAUAUAGAAACAAUUUCGUCCAUGUUGAAGUACCUCUUUUAUUUGUAAAUUAUAGAAUUGAAUAUACAAAUGACUGAAUUGUUAUGAUAUGUUUAUGACUGUAAAUAGUCUGUUUUGGAAUUUUGUGUUUUUCCCCGCUAAUUGUGAUGUAGUAAACCAACAAAUAAUUGGAUGCAUUAGUGCAUUGUCACACAAUAAAAUCACAAGGUAAACUCUGGAAUUUUCCAUUCAAAUGGAAAAUCCAGAUAUCGCCAAGUGAUCUUAUUCUUUGACAUUGCACAAACGAAAUUCAUUCAGUGAAUAUUUUUCCUUGCAUUUGAUACUCUUUUGGUGUGGUGGAUGUAUUAUAGAAAACAUCCGUCCAGAUGUUUUUUUUUGAAGAUUGUCAGGAAACCCAGGAAAAUAUUCCCAUGGAAUACCUUUGAUUCCCAUUGAUAUUUGAAUUGAAUUCAAUGGGAUCCCAUUGUUUUAAUGGGAUUCAAUGUGAUUCAAUUGGGUUAAAUGGGAUCUUCCGUGGAUCCCAUUGGAUCCCAUUGAAUAUGUCCCAAAUUCCACACCAAUCCCAUUGAAUCCCAUCGAGUCCCAUUGAUAUUUCAAUGGGAUUCAAUGUGAUUCAAUUGGGUUCAAUGGAAUCUUCCGUGGAUCCCAUUGGAUCCCAUUGAAUAUGUCCCAAAUUCCACACCAAUCCCAUUGAAUCCCACUGAGUCCCAUUGAUAUUUCAAUGGGAUUCAAUGUGAUUCAAUUGGGUUCAAUAGGAUCUCUCGUGGUUCCCAUUGUAUCCCAUUGAAUAUGUCCCAAAUUCCACACCAUCCCAUUGAAUCCCAUUGAGUCCCAUUGAUAUUUCAAUGGGAUUCAAUGUGAUUCAAUUGGGUUCAAUGGGAUCUUCCGUGGAUCCCACUGGAUCCCAUUGAAUCGGUCCGAAAUUCCACACCAAUCCCAUUGAAUCCCAUCGAGUCCCAUUGAUAUUUUGAAUUGGAUUCAAUGGAAUCCCAUUGUUUUAAUGGGAUUCAAUGUGAUUCAAUUGGGUUCAAUGGGAUCUUUCGUGGAUCCCAUUGGAUCCCAUUGAAUAUGUCUGAAAUUCCACACCAAUCCCAUUGAAUCCCAUCGAGUCCCAUUGAUAUUUUGAAUUGGAUUCAAUGGAAUCCCAUUGUUUUAAUGGGAUUCAAUUGGAUUCAAUUGGGUUCAAUGGGAUCAUCCGUGGAUCCCAUUGGAUAUGUCCCAAAUUCCACACCAAUCCCAUUGAAUCCCACUGAGUCCCAUUGAUAUUUCAAUGGGAUUCAAUGUGAUUCAAUUGGGUUCAAUAGGAUCUCUCGUGUUUCCCAUUGUAUCCCAUUGAAUAUGUCCCAAAUUCCACACCAUCCCAUUGAAUCCCAUUGAGUCCCAUUGAUAUUUCAAUGGGAUUCAAUGUGAUUCAAUUGGGUUCAAUGCGAUCUUCCGUGGAUCCCAUUGGAUCCCAUUGAAUCGGUCCGAAAUUCCACACCAAUCCCAUUGAAUCCCAUCGAGUCCCAUUGAUAUUUUGAAUUGGAUUCAAUGGAAUCCCAUUGUUUUAAUGGGAUUCAAUGUGAUUCAAUUGGGUUCAAUGGGAUCUUCCGUGGAUCCCGUUGGAUCCCAUUGAAUAUGUCCCAAAUUCCACACCAAUCCCAUUGAAUCCCAUUGAGUCCCAUUGAUAUUUCAAUGGGAUUCAAUGUGAUUCAAUUGGGUUCAAUGGGAUCUUCCGUGGAUCCCAUUGGAUCCCAUUGAAUAUGUCUGAAAUUCCACACCAAUCCCAUUGAAUCCCAUCGAGUCCCAUUGAUAUUAUGAAUUGCAUUCAAUGGAAUCCCAUUGUUUUAAUGGGAUUCAAUUGGAUUCAAUUGGGUUCAAUGGGAUCUGCUGUAGAUCCCAUUGGAUUCCUUUUGAAUAUUUCCCAAAUUCCACACCAAUCCCAUUGAAUCAAAUUAUAUUCUAAUCCCAUUCAAAUUGUCAAUGGGAUCCCAUUUAGUAAUGUUGAUUUUUUUUGAAUGGGAUUUUUUUGCUGAGUAAUCAAAGAUGUUCAACCAUGUUGGUAUAAGAGAUUGGAUGUGAUCAGCUUGGUGUUCAUAUCCCCUUGUGUGAGUUUUGGUUGGUUCCUUUGUUGGGAAGAUCAUCUGGACAAACAAAACAAACAAGGCAGUAAAAACAAUUUGGAGGUGAGGGGGGAAAUAUCAAAUGAGAAACGAAAUAUAGAAAG